ACAUGCAUAUGGCCAUGAAAAAGAGAUAAAGCUUGAAGUCAUCCACACAAACCCAGGCAUUUUGAAUAAUACAGCAGCAGCUUCCUGUAGUUUACACAUGUAGAGAGAGUGGGAGGGAGGGAGGCUCAGCUGAGUCCAGAACACAGCCUGGCUGGAAGAGCAACAACAAGUUCUCUGCUCCUCUGCUUUUCUUUUCCACUUCUUCUUCUUCCCUCUGAUGGUUUACAUCUGUUGUUUCUACUAACUAAGAAUGCUAUUGCACAUUUUGUGUAUGGUGUGGUUGUCUUCUGUCAUUUUUCUGCAAGGCAGGUCUGUGCUCUGUAAGGAGAUGAAGCUCCCCAGCAAGGCAGCCAAGCCCCCCUCCCCAUCUGACUUUCUGGACAAACUGAUGGGACGUACAUCCGGCUAUGAUGCUCGCAUCAGACCCAACUUCAAAGGUCCUCCUGUCAAUGUCACCUGCAACAUCUUCAUCAACAGCUUCGGAUCCAUCACUGAAACAACCAUGGACUACCGGCUCAAUGUAUUUCUGCGACAGCAGUGGAAUGACCCUCGACUGGCAUAUAAGGAGUAUCCGGAUGACUCUCUGGACCUGGACCCCUCCAUGUUGGAUUCCAUCUGGAAACCUGACCUGUUCUUUGCUAAUGAAAAGGGAGCAAACUUUCACGAGGUCACAACAGACAACAAACUGCUUCGGAUAUUCCAGAAUGGAAAUGUCCUCUACAGCAUCAGGCUGACACUAACCCUUUCGUGUCCCAUGGAUCUGAAAAACUUCCCGAUGGACAGCCAGAAGUGUACGAUGCAGCUGGAGAGCUUUGGCUACACCAUGAAUGAUCUUAUUUUUGAAUGGCUGGACGUGGGAGCUGUGCAGGUGGCUGAUGAUUUGACGCUCCCUCAGUUUGUGCUGAAAGAGGAGAAAGGCCUCGGCUACUGCACCAAGCACUACAACACAGGUAAAUUCACGUGCAUUGAGGUCAAAUUCUACCUGGAGCGUCAAAUGGGCUACUACCUGAUCCAGAUGUACAUACCGAGCCUGCUCACCGUCAUCCUGUCCUGGGUGUCCUUCUGGAUCAACAUGGAUGCAGCUCCGGCCAGAGUUGGACUGGGGAUCACUACAGUGCUCACCAUGACGACGCAGAGCUCUGGCUCCAGGGCCUCCCUGCCAAAGGUGUCAUAUGUGAAAGCCAUCGACAUCUGGAUGGCAGUGUGUCUCCUUUUCGUGUUUGCCGCACUACUGGAGUAUGCGGCCGUUAAUUUUGUUUCACGUCAGCACAAGGAGUUCUUCAGACUGAGGAGGAAGCUCAAAGAGCAACAGCGCCAGAGAACUCAGGGAAGCGGUGACAGUAAGGUGAAAGGAAAAAACAUGUCAGGCAACAAUGCUCCUCAUGGGAACGUAGCCCAGCAGUGCACUGCCUGUGCCAGGGAGGAGGAGCUGGCACAGCAGGGUUUACUCUUCCAGAGUAACCCCUUUGGGCUUGUAAGUGUGCCGGAAAUGGAUGCACCGGUCUAUGCCGAUUUACCUCCCGGUUUAGGUUUCUACGACAUCCGCAGGCGCUUUGUGGAUCGAGCAAAAAGGAUUGAUACCAUCGCCCGAGCUCUGUUCCCCAUGAGUUUCCUCAUGUUUAAUGUCCUCUAUUGGCUUACCUACAAAGUUCUACGACAUGAAGACCUUCUAGCCGCACCGUGACGACACAGCGACCGAGGACCGUAAAGACAACGGAUACCUUUAAUCAUGCUCUCUUCACUGAAACAUUUACAGGCUGAGAGUCCUCAGCUGAGCCAUGCAAGAUGCGUUGUGACUGCAUGUCCAGUGCUAUCGGGAUAUUCCACGACAUGGAAGAGUGCAUGGGUUUCUUUAAAUUUCUAUUACUUCCAAAGAAAUGCACUUUUUCUCAGCACUGAUGCUUCCUACAUUACACAUCAGUGUACAGUAUGCAUCUUAAGUAUAUUAACUAUUAAAACACCUUUAUUGGGGAAAUGUCUGUAUGAGCAGUUACUGUAGCAGUGUAGCUUCACUGUAGCACAUCCUUACCAGGCUUACAUUGCUUAUUGUAAUGUUCCUGAUGCCAUGCUCAACAGUGUCCAGAGCCACAGGUUUCAUAUCACAGAGACAAAGUACUUAUCACUACAAAAGCAAGAAUUACACUUGCAACUUUGCUAUGUUUUACAGGCAUAUUUUUAGGCUGCGGAAAUCCAGGGUUUAAUGCUUUUAUUUGUAUUUUUAUUACAUGACUAUUUUAUCCAACAUGAUAUUUAUCAGUUCACAUUUCAAACCCUCCAGUAGGAAGCCUAUCUGAAAUAAAGACUUGAAAUCUGUUGAAAAAAAGUUUAAAUUAAGGAAUUUAAUGCCUAAAGAAGUGAUGGAUAUAUUUUUUAAAUAUUUUUAGAUAUCACUGUAAUACUUCAGUUUCAAACUGUGCAUGAGAACAAUUAUCAUAAAAUAUUGUACUAAGUUCUCCUGAGGCUCAAUGGCUUUUUAACGAAGCCCCACUAAGUUACACACUGAGAAUAAAUUGUCUCUGUGUAUUGUUUUCGUUAGAAACAAAUGAAUUUCUUUCUUGGUCAACAUAAAAUAAAUACUUUAAUUUGAAAUAUUGAAUGCAUCUUUUUGCUCUCUUUAAAAAAACAAAAAACAUAUGAUGGAUAUUUAAAUUAUCUGUUCAUUUUAACCCUGAUAGGCAAUGAGAAGAUGUGUUUUUCCUCUGCAAAUGUAACGGCAUGCCGGGAUCUAAACCGAAGGAUUGCAUUUAAUUAUCAGCUGUGAUAUUCACAUGUUCAAACUAUGACAUUCUCUAAGGGUAAGAAGCAUUCCACUAGAUUUGUUUUACCUCCUAAUAUUUUCCUCUGUUAAGGAUAUUCUCAAUUCUCACUCUACUUUCAUGUGGUAAAAGUGCAAACUGCGACUGCAAUAGCUGUCUCUUGAACUGUCCGCAUGAUUUCCUCACACUGUUUGGGUUUUUAACAUAUUGUUAGAUUAGCAUGUAUGUGUACAUAUGCCUGAAGACUCAGACUAUCUCUAGAAACCUAGCCUCAUUUAAAAAAAUAAAUAUUGUUAUAAAGUGAUGCUGUCAUAUUAAUAUUUCAUUUAAAAUGUAGCUGUCACAUGCAUAUAUACAGUAGGAUGAGCAGGGCUGCAUACAUCAGCACUUUAACUCUGUGUGAAACAUAAAU